AUGGCCGAGAAACAGCCACCCCUGCCGACCACAGCUGGCAUGUCCUGUCAAUACUUCUAUAGUAAAAGAACCCCAGAGGUAAAAAAAAUAUGAUGAUAUACUGUAACAUCUUAGGAAGGUUAUUAUCCGUUUGGAAUUGAAAUUUUUAUGUCCAAUAUGUAGAAAAUUACGAUUAACCAUGUGUCCAACUGAGUGGACAUCAUGCAUCACCCAGUAUUUUUUUUAACAGGAGUCAUGUAAUUGCUCCACUGUUACUUGUGACUGUUUUGGUUAUAAAUCAGUGUAUAACUGUUACAUAUAUAAGCUAUUCAUUUAAAAUAUACUUUUUCUUUCAUCUUAGCUAUAGUUUGUGUUACUGUAAUAAUUAUUUUAUCAUAUUUUGUAGACGUCAAACACAGCAAAGAAUAAGGCAGCCUACAGAAUAGUCCAGGAAAUUCCAUCCAGCUCUAGUGAUGAUGAGUCCAGUGAUGAGUAUAGUGACGAAGAGUGGCUGCCAGAGAAGAACAGAGAUGUAGGAGCUGAGGAUGAUGGCGAUACAGACAGUCAAGAUGCAGAAAGUGUAGAUGCCUAUAGUCAAGAGGAUGAGGACCAGGAUAAUGAGAGGCAGGAUGCAGGGGAAGGUCAGCAUGAUCAGGAAGCUGUGGAAAAUGGCCACAUGACACCUGACCAUUCUCAAGCUCGCAAAAAUAUCUGGAAAGUCCAAGACAACGACUUUGAUGGAGAUUUGCCUCCUUUUCUAGGAGAGUGGAGAUUGAAUGUGGAGGGGAGAGAGCCCAUAGAUUUCUUCAGACAUCUGUUUCCAGCAGAUCUCAUUGA